AUGACACCAGGCGGCGGCGCUAACCCUUCCUACGGGUCUUUAGGCGGCGGCGCUAACCCUUCCUACGGGCCUUUAGGCAGCGGAGGUAACCCUUCCUACGGGCCUUUAGGCGGCGGCGCUAACCCUUCCUACGGGCCUUUAGGCGGCGGAGGUAACCCUUCCUACCGGCCUUUAGGCGGCGGCGCUAACCCUUCCUACGGGCCUUUAGGCGGCGGAGGCAACCCUUCCUACCGGCCUUUAGGCGGCGGCGCUAACCCUUCCUACGGGCCUUUAGGCGGCGGAGGCAACCCUUCCUACGGGCCUUUAGGCAGCGGAGGCAACCCUUCCUACCGGCCUUUAGGCGGCGGCGCUAACCCUUCCUACGGGCCUUUAGGCGGCGGAGGCAACCCUUCCUACGGGCCUUUAGGCAGCGGAGGCAACCCUUCCUACAGUCCUUUAGGCGGCGGCGCUAACCCUUCCUACGAGCCUUUAGGCGGCGGCGCUAACCCUUCCUACAGUCCUUUAGGCAGCGGAGGUAACCCUUCCUACAGUCCUUUAGGCAGCGGAGGUAACCCUUCCUACGGGUCUUUAGGCAGCGGAGGUAACCCUUCCUACGAGCCUUUAGGCGGCGGCGCUAACCCUUCCUACAGGCCUUUAGGCAGCGGAGGUAACCCUUCCUACAGUCCUUUAGGCAGCGGAGGUAACCCUUCCUACGGGCCUUUAGGCAGCGGAGGUAACCCUUCCUACGAGCCUUUAGGCAGCGGAGGUAACCCUUCCUACGGGCCUUUAGGCAGCGGAGGUAACCCUUCCUACGGGCCUUUAGGCGGCGGCGCUAACCCUUCCUACGGGCCUUUAGGCAGCGGAGGUAACCCUUCCUACGGGCCUUUAGGCAGCGGAGGUAACCCUUCCUACGGGCCUUUAGGCGGCGGCGCUAACCCUUCCUACGGGCCUUUAGGCAGCGGCGCUAACCCUUCCUACGGGCCUUUAGGCGGCGGAGGUAACCCUUCCUACGGGCCUUUAGGCAGCGGAGGUAACCCUUCCUACAGGCCUUUAGGCGGCGGCGCUAACCCUUCCUACGGGUCUUUAGGCAGCGGAGGUAACCCUUCCUACGGGCCUUUAGGCGGCGGAGGUAACCCUUCCUACGGGCCUUUAGGCGGCGGAGGUAACCCUUCCUACGGGCCUUUAGGCAGCGGAGGUAACCCUUCCUACGGGCCUUUAGGCGGCGGCGGUAACCCUUCCUACGGGCCUUUAGGCGGCGGCGGUAACCCUUCCUACGGGCCUUUAGGCGGCGGCGGUAACCCUUCCUACGGGCCUUUAGGCGGCGGCGGUAACCCUUCCUACGGGCCUUUAGGCGGCGGCGGUAACCCUUCCUACGGGCCUUUAGGCGGCGGAGGUAACCCUUCCUACGGGCCUUUAGGCGGCGGCGGUAACCCUUCCUACGGGCCUUUAGGCGGCGGCGGUAACCCUUUCUACGGCCCUUUAGGCGGCGGCGGUAACCCUUCCUACGGGCCUUUAGGCAGCGGAGGUAACCCUUUCUACAGCCCUUAA